AUGGAGAUGCUGAAAUUGGGGAAUUUGAACAAAAUCAGCCUCGCCGCCAAAUGGUGCCCCUCUCUGGAUUCGUCGUUCGACAAAAUAACCCUGUUGUGUGAAACCAUAGCGAAGAAGGUGUUUCCGAGAGCGGAAUAUGCAGAGUAUGAAGGCGUGGAGGAGGCGCAUUACGCGUAUCGCGUGAGGGAUAGGCUGAGGAAGGAGGUGCUGGUGCCGCUGCAGAAGGCACUGGAGCUGCCGGAGGUGUAUAUCAGCGCCAAUGAUUGGGGAUCUCUGCCUUACAAAAGAGUGGCGUCUGUGGCAAUGAAAACAUACAAGAGUAAAUUCUUCAAGCACGAUGAAGAAAGGUUCAAUGAGUAUCUAGAGAAAGUGAAGUCCGGCAAAGCCAAGAUCGCUGCAGGCGCAUUGCUUCCUCAUGAGAUAAUCGCGUCGUUGAAUGACGAAGACGGCGGUGAAGUCGCGGAGCUUCAGUGGAAGAGAAUGGUGGAGGACAUGGCCAAGGCGAAAAAAAAAAAAAUUGAAGACGGCGUUAAACGCCCGUUCAAGGCUUUGGACUUAAUUGCACCCUUCUUCCGGGACUUUGGGGAGGUCAACGCGCUUUGA